GCUACUUCUGGAAGAACUGUGUCUGUUUCCCAUGAACAAAGAUAGGUCCCUCUGUGGGGGCACCAGAUGUACUAGAUGCGAGCAUAGAAAGAUGCUUGCCGGUAGCUGUAAGACCCUCUGAAAGCUCUGCCCAUGAUGGCUCUGCAUCGGCCUUGCGCGUUGGCCUGGCCGCCGUAGAAAAGAGCAAGGGUAGAAGUUCUUUGGAACAAGGUACGACCACCCUAUUCGAGCUGCGGGCAGCUUGACAGGCGGAGGGGCCCCUGUUGCUGUAAUUGGACGACUCGUAGGACGACCGGGAAGGCCGGCGCGGGGCACAGAGCUACACCCACCAGUCGCAAUUCAUCCGUCGAGAUUAAUUUGUUCCGUCAGAAAACCACGUCCGCAGGUUGCAGCUUGCUGCAACCAAACAGACGCACUUGCACCGUUAUAACUAAAGAAAAUGGCGGAACAGGGCGGCGAAAGGGAAGGCGGAAAGGGGUUCCGAACCUUCAUGGUCGAUGGCGAGGACUCGGAGAAGAGACUUUGCGGAACAAUAACCUUCCCGAGUUUCCAGAAAGAGAGGAACCUAGGCACACUGCUCGGGCACGUCCUUUCUUUUUCUGACGUACCAAGAGGAGACUAUUCUUUGGUGGCAGUGGAAAAUGGGAGAAAAAUUCCGCUCACGGACGAUGCGGUCACCGAACAAUUUUUCGCCGAAACGCCGGUGGCAUAUCCAACAAUAGAGGUAAAAGUUUUUGUGGGGUAUUUAUAUCCUGUGUGUUUCUCAAUGUUGUGAAGUGGAAGAGGAGGUGGAAAGCUGCUGCACAUGCAUCACCUAGCUGCAGGAGAAAUGGAAAACAUCAUUUGGAAACGUGAUCAUCAUGGUAAUAUGGACACUCAGGUGCACAAAAGCAUAGCAGCCCGGGAGCAGGAGCAACAGCGACAGAAGCGGGUGAUGAAAAAAGAUCACGUAGACCAACUCGAGCUGGAGAACCGAGACCUUCGAAAAAACGCGAAUCUGAUGGAGAAGAAGCUCGAAGAUUUCAAACAAGAGACAAAGCGGACAACCGAUGAACUCCUCGCAAGCUUGCAGCCAAUCGAAAUGAACACUAAGCGUUUCAUGGCCGAAAUCGAGAAAUCGCUCGCAGAAACGUACUGCUCCCUAUUUGUUAGCGGCCUCUACUGCGUUUUUGGUGCGAGGAUGCAUGAUUCAUUCAUUGAAUGACCUGCGUUUGUGUUGGUUGUUGUGCAUUUGCACUGGCAAUUGAUGAAAUUUCUCGUGACCUCCACACAACAGGCGAAGCAGCAUAGAGACAAAAAUCACGGAACUGGAGAAAGGCAGCGCGGAAACUGGGGAGCGGCUGGAGGAAGUUGAGCGAGGCCUGCAAGUGGAAGUAGCACAGCUCACAAAUCAGCUCAGCAAGGUUUCAGCCACCGUUACAAAAAUAGCGGACGGUAACGACGAAAACGAAGCACAGCGAAACCAGUGGGUCGAAAGCAUAAAGAAGGGCUUCGCCACCGUCAAGGUAUGACGUAUAUUUACCCGGGGCGGAUGGGCGGUUGUACAUAUUAUGAAAGCCCACUGACGCUGUCAAUUCUUUCCAUUCUACUUUUUGUGAAAAAGUCUCAGUUGAUGCGUUAAGUCUCUUGAGUGAAUUUCCUCGAAAAUCAAACGUACCACAGGAAAGUGUAAGCGAUUCUUCGCGGGACGUCGCACGACUAAAGACCGAGAAAGUUGACGUGGCCAAGUUCCAGGAAACAGUCGAUAAGCUGUAUUAUUCAUUUUGCGUUUGGCUUUGCCUGGAGCGUUUUCAUCAAAUUUUGUGUGUCCACCUCGACCAGUCGCUCGGAGAAGACCCUGAGUGUAGAAGAAGACCAUUGCAAAAAAACAACAGGGCGACGCGAUGCUCGAAACUAGAAAGCGAGCUAGAGGCCGCCAAUGCUGCGCGAGACAAAAUGCACCAUGAGCUCCUUACCAGAAUAGACGCAGACGCCGCCAGCACGGACCAGACAAUACGACGAUUGGACACUAGAGUCAGGCAAGACAUCACCAAUAUAGAAGCCCGAAGAAAAAUUUUCAACGAGGAGCUGGAUAAGGUAAAAAGGGGUUCUUGUAGGUCGUUGACUCAGACGUGAACUGGUGCGUGUCUUCUCCUUUCUUUUUCGUAAAAUGUCUGCAUGCUUUGUCGUGAAGAACCGACGUUGGUACAUUGAUUGUCAUCACUGUGCAUGUUUCAAUUUCAACACAGCUUCUGGAGCUCCGGUUGUCGGAAAUAAAAUCCCUCUGCGGAAAAAUAGAAGGGGAGAAGGCCGACAUACUAGAGCUAGAAGACGCGCGCGCAGGCCUGGCCUCAGAAGUAGAGACCCUCGCAAACGGUAUAUAAUAGCCAAAUGUGGUUUAUUGUUGCUAUCAGCAUUUGCCCGUUUUGAUCUUAAUGUUGGGCGGCCAAUUUUUAUCAAAGCGUAAGCGACGGCUAGUUUUACCACCGGAUUUCUGUCUCUUCCAGGUCUCGGCGUCGUAAACGCGAAGCACGAUGUGACCAAGGGGCAGUUCGACGAAUUUGUCGAGGUGCACCAGAAGCGCGUAACAGAGUUAUCAAAAGGAAAAAUCCCCCCUCCCCAUAUCGAAACGGUAUCGCUCCGAAGAUUUGUGUUGCUGAUUUGAGACCACAAAUCACGUCUGUCUUGCAAGAAGACAAACGCAGCGUCUUCCGGGCCAUUAUGGAAGCGAUUUGGCAUGCUUUUUGGCCUAGGGGGCAGCCGUUUGUAAUGCGAAAUAGCUAGACCCAAACACCCCUGCCUAGCCUGAGGAUCUGGCUGCGAUGCCUUACUGCAAGACAGCGAGAAUUUGUGUACGGAAAUCCAGCAUCACAAAUUUCCUUUUCGAUAUGGGGAGGGGGGAUUUUUCCUUACGAUAAGAGUUCGAGCAGGAGUUUGGUAAGGCACUGGUGCAGGCGAAGCUCGAAUUCCGGCUAGAUUCGCAGAAAACGGAGGAGGGCUAUCUCGCGUCCACCAAGAUGCUCAACAUACUACAGAAGGAGCUGGGGGACUUCAUAAAUCAAAACGGCAGACAUGUAAAAAGUUUUGACCACCAGCUGGUGUAGUUGACUUUUUGAAGUUGACAUUUAGUACAGCGCAGCUCUCUAACAGCCCGGGUUCUUAGGUUCCCAGAACAUUGAAACCGAGGAAAUUUUCCUUUCGAGCGUGCACCAAUGUGAAAAUUAUAGAACCCCUUACAACAGAUAUCUUUGCUGCAACACGAGCACCAAGGGCUCAAGGAGGGCCUGCUGCUUCUGGACAGCGCGAAGAAUACGAUUACGAAGAACAUGAAGACGUUUGCGGGGGACUAUCAAGCCUUCGUGGACGAACAGGACCAUUGGAACGAGGAUGCAACCAAAAAGAUCACGAACAUCCUGCAAGCGAUGCAACCGACCAAGCUGGAGUGGCGCAUCGAAAACAUCGCGAAGAAACUCGGCAACACGAACAACGUGCCCGUAAUCCGAUCCGAGUCCUUCCGACUCAAUUCCGUACCGGAUUUGCGCAUGGACUUUUACCCCGAGGGCCUGGACAACCGAAUCUACCAGGAAGGCGUCUCCGCGGUGCGCUUCUUCGCCCCCAAGGGCAGUCGAUUCAAGUACUGCUGUUGAUUUUAAUCAAUUCUUCUGCAUGUGACUGUGCUCAACAUCUUCAACGCCAACAAAGCGCCCCGCACGUGUGUGUGAAUGCAUGACGAUCUUCAAAUGAUCUUUCUGACGUGCGGUUGAUUGUUUUUACGCAUCGUUUUGUAUUGAUUUUUUCGCAUCGUGAUUCAUUAAAGAGCCUCCAUUUUUCAGGUACGAAGUGUCUAUCGGACGAGUUUGCGAAGGCAUCAAGGUGUUUGACGGGUCUUCAAGUGACGGCCUAUUUUGGAUUGACCUUUUCUUUGCGGAGUGGCAGAGCGAAAUCAGUCAGGACGCUAUCGUGAUUGUACUGGAGGUGGUCGAGAACAUGAACAAUCCCGCGGGAGCACAAAAGGUCAUCAAGCUCAAAGAGCCGUAAGAGCAACUUUUCGCUCUCGAAAAACACUACAACAACGACUUGCUUUUACAACUGACGGGCUAGCCUGAUCUGAAAAAAGCUUGCUCAACUUUACAAUUCGUGAAUAAUCUUUUCAAACAGACACUUAUUGUCAAUGACACACUGUUAAAAUUCUUACUUGCACACGAAGGGUAUUUGCGCAAUAUCUUCUUCAGAUUCUAAAUCUUUCUUUUUCGGCUUUGGCUUAGAGCCACACGCUACGGGCUUUCGCUUUUCGCUUCGUGAACUUUUUCCUGGUGAUAAUUUAACUAAAAGGCUUUUGCUUACUCGUUAAUGCUAUUGUCCAAAUACAGUAGUUUGUGAACUUUACUGAACAAUUUCACCGAGCUUCCGGACAGCACUGAGUUUGUGGCGAACACAUACGCGGUGGCGCUGAAUUGCUUGCUGCGGGCCAGCAAGGAGCUGUCUGGAGCACCGCUUGCGGGUACCGGGCACGACGUGUGUCCAACUUUACCCGCUGAAGAUGAACUCGAGUUUCACCUCGGAACCGGCGCACGGAACUGUAUCUAUACGUAAGAGAACUUUUUUCAGGCAUGAAAUGCAAUCACUGUAUGAAUGUCUACUAAAGAGGACGAAAGAGAACUUGACGAAUGCCCACUAAAACAGGCUUUUCCAAUGCACCCGUUUCGCUCUUAGGUUCUCCGAAUGAAACAAAACUAACACCCAGUCACCAGCGACACUGCAGAUGUAGUUUGAACAACGAUAUACACAUCCUUGUUCGGGGGGAAAACAUUUGCAAAGCGAUCCUCUUGGCACGAC